GUUUUGCAAAUCAUUCAAGAACUCUAAAAGAAAUUCGGAGACAGGCUCGUCGGAUCCUUCUGCAUUAAUGGAGUGGAAUAAAGGAGCUGGACCCAGUUCAUCAGCUGGACCUCAAGGAGCAAGGCAGUUCAGACUGGAAGAGUUGGAACAAGCUACCAGGCAAUUUGCCGAUAGUAACCUCAUCGGAUUUGGAAGCUUCGGUCCGGUUUAUAAAGGUUGGAUUCGUGACAAUGUUGUGGUUAUAAAAAGGCAUCAAGGUGCUCCAAGAGAGGAGUUCAAUGCAGGGGCAAUCUAUCUGUCAGAGGUCCGACAUCGAAAUUUGGUUACUCUUCUAGGCUACUGUCAAGAAAGAGGAUCUCAAAUGCUGGUUUAUGAAUGUAUACCUAAUGGAAGCAUGUGCAAUCAUCUAUAUGGUAUGACUCAUUAACAACAUAGUUUUUCGUGAUUAUCAAUGCAAAUGUUACAUUCAUCCG